GGCUCAUUUUCAAGAUUCCCUUUACUUUGAUGCCGUUCUAUUGCUGUCAGAGCUUGCUGGUGGCGGCGGAUCGGGAGGCCGAAGAUAUGAACUACUACAGAAAUGCUAACAAAGAUGUAGUCCCGAGAAACGGCUACAGACAUCGUAUAGUUAGCAAGGACAUGGCCUUUUAUUGCUUCGAUAUCUUAGAGAGCCAUUUAUAUCGGCUUCAAGAGCCGCCUUGGCCAAAUUUCCCCAAUGAAGAAUUUCCGCUCUUUGUCACAUGGAAAAUUGGCCAUGAUCAUCGACUACGAGGUUGUAUAGGAACAUUUACUGCUAUGCGACUACAUAAAGGUCUUAAAGAAUAUACUCUUUCCAGCGCCCUUAGAGAUAGCCGAUUUUCUCCUGUAACAAAAGAGGAACUAGCUCUCCUUUACUGCUCUGUGUCAGUUCUGACCAACUUUGAGGAAAAUGUCAAUUGCUUAGACUGGGAAAUUGGCGUUCAUGGUAUAAGGAUAGAAUUUUAUAAUGACAAAGGCCAUAAACGAACCGCCACUUACCUUCCAGAAGUUGCCAAAGAACAAGGUUGGAAUCAAAUUCAGACUAUUGAUUCCCUCUUAAGGAAAGGUGGCUUCAAAGGGACUAUAACUGCCGAGGUUCGCAACUCCAUUAAAGUGACCCGAUACCAGAGUGAAAAGGUCACCGUAGCCUACAAUGAAUACCUUGCCUCCAAGCAGUGUACAUGACAAACGUGGAGUCUAGGGUCAUUAACAAUUUAGCCUACUAGUUGUGAAUACCAUUUUCAAAGAUGUUUAAUAUUUCAUUGUAAGUUGUUAUAUUAUAUAAUGUAUAUUUAUUGACACAGUUGAGUGUCAUUGGUGGCGGAAAAGCUUUCUUUUUCCUUUUUUCAUCCAAGACUGAAAAAAAAAUGAAAAAGAAAAUGGCACUUGCUGUGUUUGGGUUUGCACAAUGGCCUGCUUUAUUACUUUAACAAAUAUAUUUUUACCUGUACUCAUAAUUAGAACAAAAGAAACCCUCCUAGUGUAAUAAGGAUCUAUUCAUAAGACAAACUUUUCUUAAGAAUUUAAUUAAGUUUCUUACACUAAGUUACAGUUGUUUUAAAUCAAUUAAAAAAUUACAGUCAAACCUCCACUGAUGGCCACCUCUCUGCAAUGGCCACUGUUUUUUCCUGGAAGACAUUCCAUACAUUCACUUUCAUUUUAGUCUCUCCAAAACAGCUACUAUGUAAUUAAAAGCAUCUCGCAACUGCCAAAAUAGCCUAGAGCUUGAUAAUGUUAAUCAAAGACUGGUGAACAGUGUAUACAAAACCCCAUUUUUCACGAAACUUGAUCUGUACCGCACAUCAUUGGUCUCAUCUCAUCUCUAUUUUGAUUGUGUCAUGCAUUGAUAGCAGAGCUCCAGCGGCCCAAAGGGCCGCCAAGCGGAGCCCCAUACUCAUAUAGGAAAGAAAAAGAAACCCAUGAGUUGAUUUUCUCAUGGUUAUCAUGGCUAGCGGUAUUGCUCAUGGGUGUGUACGCACAACGGCGACGAUGGCGAUGGAGAUGCCCAAAAUGGCGGCCAUACUCCAAAUAGUCCAAAUGAACAACCCGGCCCAGGAGCUUCGCUUUUAGGCUGGCCUAAAUCCAUAUAUUAUGCUACUGACAAGCAUUUUUUUUUUUUUUUUUGAAAAAAAGAAAUGUUGCACCCCUCCUCCAAAAUGAAAUCAGUUGUCAUACACGUAUUACACCUCUACUUCCCCAUAAUGACCAGGUACCUCUCUACAAUGAUUACUCUCUCUCUCUCUCCAUGGUCACCAUUGUGGGGUUUGACUGUAGUCUGCAGGCCUCAGUUUGUUUGUACAUGUAGAGUAUGACAUAUUCUGUAAGGUAGACACUACACACUCAAUACCACAAAAUUUGCUAAGGCAUACGUUCCAUCACACACAAAUGCAGGACUCUUAACAAUACUCAUAUACAUGUACAAGCAGACUCUUAUUCUAGUCACAAGUUCUAUCAGAAUCUGUUUAAUAAAUACAGUAGUAAGAAUAUCAGUUGAAGGGGUGACUGAAAAAAAGCUCAAAGUGACGUUUGAUAAAAUACUAGAUUCUCCUUCCAAAUUGCCUUCUAUUUCCUUUUGAAACACAAGGACAGUUUCACAUUACAUCAACAGUCACUUAAGGCGGCCUUACCCCUUUAAUAACACUUCUGUCAGUAAACCAUUCUCCAAAAAGUUGUUUGUAUUUUAAACUUUUGCAGUUUUCUGUUUGCCUUUUUACCUGCCUGUAUUUUCAGGUUUAUGCUUCUUUUCGUCCUGUUUUCUUUUGACAUUUUUGUACAAAUUAUCGUUCAUUAUGCAUUUGUUUCUUUUCAAGCUAUUCCCUUGCCAACAUUACACUUACAGCAUUUUAUUUCCAAGUGCAAAACCUUUUAAUCUGAGCUGUAUUUUUUUGAAGCUCAUGUACCAGCUAUGUUAAAUUAUCAUCUUCUUAUCAUGUUUAAAUUAUCUUUAAUAAAACUAGCUAGGAUUAAUGAGUAUUCCAUAUAGUUAGUGUUACACAAAUUGGAAAUUAAGUAAAUUUGGGGCUUUGAUUUUUGUCACAUGUGGCAUCAGAAUUUAGUUUUGUAUAUUUUUAUGUUUUGCUUUGGAGGUAAAUUGUAAUUUUAGUUCAUUGUUUUAUAAUGGGUUUUCAAAUUGAACAUUGCUCGUUCUAACAUUUAAUUUUAUUCUAAUUGCACUUGCCUAUGGGUAUAUAUAUCGCAUGUUUUAAUUUGCGUAAUCUAAAUCUUGAAAAGUUCUACUACACAGUUAUUAGAAAGCAAUGAGUCAGACAUGAUUUUUGUAUUGUAGUUGAGUACAAGUACAGUUUUAAAAAACUGUGAACUUGACUUCUGCAUACAUUUUUUUCUGUAAAAGUUUUACUUAUGGUCAAAGUGCCUCUUUACAAUAAUCAUGACAUACACCUUAUUCCAAAAUGGCAGCCAGUUUAUUAUUCUUUUGUUUAC